AUGAAUACAACAACGGAAGACAUCUUUUCCGAAGCUACAAAUUCCAUUCCGAUUAAUAAUAAUAAUACUGAUGAAGAUGAAACCAUGAUGCAAGCUGCGAUCGGAACGUUUUCUGAUUUAUCACAUCAAACCGAAUUGAUGAUUUCAAUCUUUGAAUAUUUACCUUUAAAUAAUAUUGCCUUGUCUUGUGCUUUGACUUGUAAGGCUUGGAAUUCAAUGAUUCGUGAAACUCAAACUCUGUGGAGAAGUGUUUGUUUAAAUGAGUUGGGAUGGCCUGUUAGUCUAUCAACGGAUGAUGUUUUAUUUCAAGAGGAAUUGAAGGCAAAGAUUGAGAAGGGAGAAAUGGAUGCAUUGUCGUCACCUCUUCCUUCCAAUUCAAAGGAUGAUUUAACUAAAUCGAAUGGAAAACGUGCCAUUUCAAUUUGUGGAAAGAGUUUCAUGUGGAAGGAUUUGUGUUUCAUGUUGAAUCAACCUGCUACUUUGUACAUGUUUAGUAAUACUUUGGCUUCAAAGAGGGAUUGCACUGAAUUGUAUAAUGAAAUUAUGAAUGAGAGUUAUACGAUUUUGGACGAUACAUUCCCAGAUGAUAAGUUUAUUGUCUUGAAGAAUGCCAAACUGAUUGAUUGUAUUUGUACAGAAUUGUUAAUUUUACAAAAGCAAAAAGUGUUAACUCAGAUUAUGAGCGACAAAUUGUACGAUAUUUUCAUUCCAGUUCUUGAGAAGAUGAGAAAGGAACCAUUGUCUACAGAUUCAAUUCAAUUAUUGAGAUAUAGACAAAUUGUUUUGGGAAAGAACAAGUUUAGUUUCUUAUUCACAAAAAAGAAUUUUGAAGAUAUGCAACAAGUCGUUCAAGAAAAUAUCAAAGGAAAAUACUCAUUAUUUGGAGUUUAUUUAUUGAAUGAUGAUGGUCAUAAUUUCCAAGAAGUUACCGAUCAAGUGAAACGAGCUUUUAAUAAUGAUAUUGACUUUGAUUAUUGUGAUUCAUUGGUAUAUAAGGCCCAUUUUAAUGAUGAAACUUUGCUAUUUGAGACUCGUGACUUUGAUGUUGCUAUGGAGGCAGUUAAAACCCUCUCUGCCAUUGAUUUACAUUGCAUUCUUACACUUCCAGAAUAUGAUGCCUUGCAAACCAUUAGAAGAAGAUUUGCAAUUAACAGUGAAAUGUUGGAAUUUUAUAAUGAAUUUGCUCCUGAGAAUGCCAAAUCAAACUUUGAUAAGAUAUUGAAAAAUUCAAGUAAGGAUGAAAAGUUUGUUGUGGUUCUCUAUCGUUCCAUGCAUAGUCCUGGUGGUAUGGCAAAUAUUUUACGUUCCGUUUUUCCUAGUUUGAGUGAACAAGAUUGCUUGGGAAUUUACUUUACUGUUGCUACAUUUGGAUAUUGUUUUAUUGCAAGUGGAACAUUUGAUCAGUGUAAAGCCAUUGCUGAAAAGCUCACCAAACUUUUCCUUAAUGUCAUGUUAAAAACUGAAAAGCAAGCCAUAUUGGAUGAAACUGAAGAACAGGAAGAAGAGGAAGAUGAAUACAUCGAUGAGGAAUAA